AUGGGCAAGAGAUUUGGUCAAAAAUCGAAAUUCACAAUUACGAGAACUAUUAGUUAUCGUGGUAAGGAUCCUGAAAAACCUCGGGUUUUGUUGUUAGCCCCCACUGGCAUUGCUGCUAUUAAUAUAAAUGGAAAUACAAUCCACUCUGGAUUGAAAAUACCUAUAAAUGUUUUUGGCAAGACUGUACCCAGGCUAACUGAUCAAAAAAGGUCUACUUUGAGAAAUAAUCUUUCAGAAGUUCAAUUGAUCAUAAUAGAUGAGGUAUCAAUGGUUUCAAACAAACUGUUACUUUACAUACAUCAACGUCUUGUAGAAAUAUUUGGUUGUCCUCCAGAAAUGCCAUUUGCUGGAAUUAGUGUACUAUUUUCGGGUGAUUUAUAUCAACUACCACCCAUAAAAGCAGCACCUGUAUAUGCAUUGUACAAUGGUAAUAAUGUCAUGCAAAAUGUUGACCUUUUAUGGAGAAAGUUCCAGUUGGCUGAACUGGAGGAAGUUAUGAGACAAAAAGGUGACAGUUCUCUAAUUGAUGUAUUGAAUAAAGUGAGAACAGGAAAUGUUGAUCCUCAGUGUGAAAAUUUACUUAAAUCGCGCUUUAUUGCUUCUACUGAUCCAAAUUAUCCCAAUGAUGCUCUUCAUAUAUUCGCAGAGAAUUCUCCUGCAAAGAAACACAACGAAGAUAUGCUGAAAAAAAACAAUAACACCUUGUAUAAUGUUGUUGCAUUGGAUAGAAUGCCCAAAAAUGUUUCACGUGCACAAAUUAAUAAUGUUUUGAACAAAAGUCAAAGUGAAACAGGUGGACUCACAGCAGUGUUGAUGAUAAAAGUAGAUUCAAGAGUUAUGUUGACAUCAAAUGUAGACAUUGAAGAUCGAUUAAUUAAUGGCCAGGUUGGCACAGUUAAAAAAGUGGUUUCCAACACUGAAGGAAAUGUAGUGAAAAUUUACGUUAAAUUUGAUGAUUCCAAGGCUGGAAAUAAUGCUUCUAAAAAAGAUAAUUAUGGUAAACAACUUGGUUUAGUGCCUAUUAGCAAAAUAUCUGUUGAUAUUAUUUUGAAGACUAAUAAACCUUCUUCUCCUGUAAUAAAAAGAACACAGUUUCCUUUAAUGCUUGCAUGGGCAUGUACAAUUCAUAAGGUUCAAGGAUUGAGCCUACAAAAAGCAGUUGUAAGUUUCGAUCUAGAACGUCAAAGAGGGUUCAAAUGUGGACAGAUGUAUGUUGCAUUAAGCAGAGUAACAUCAACAGAAGGGAUGUAUUUGACUGGCUUGUACAAAUCAUCAGCCAUCAAAGCAGAUCCAAGUGUAACAGAUGAAUAUGAAAGGCUUAGAACUGAGAAUAUAUUGAAUCCAGUAGAAUGUAUCGAUCAGACUGAAAAUUCUAUAACUAUCACCCUGCUAUAA